UUAGCUGGACCGUCGUGCCAAAUUGUGAGUAUUGGUUCAGGAUUCGAUACACUUUAUUGGCGUUUGAAAGACUCGAAAGCCAAAUUCCAUAAAUAUGUCGAAGUCGACUUUAGCUCGGUGACUGCGAAGAAAAUUCGUCAAAUUCGUAAGCCGGGUUCACCAGAUCUAGUGGCCAUGUUCUCAGAGAAACCUAGUGAAUUUGAACACUCGGAUCUGCAUGCGGGUGAUUAUCAGCUGUUAGGUGCUGAUUUGCGGCAACCGAAGGAACUGAAGAGCAAACUUGAGGCAUCCGGUCUUGAUUUCGAUAUGCCGACGCUGUUCAUUGCCGAGUGUGUUCUGGUGUAUAUGAGUGCGAUGCAUAGUGGCCAACUGCUCAACGAAAUUGCCACUUGGUUCAAAACGGCACUCUUUGUCAAUUAUGAACAAGUUGAAAUGGGCGAUACAUUUGGUGGAGUGAUGGAGAGAAAUCUACAACAGCGCGGAAUUAUUUUGCCGGGUCUUUCGUCUUGUAAAAGUCUCGAAUCUCAGAAACAGCGUUUUCUGGACAACAAAUGGGAGAGUGUGAAUAUAUGGACGAUGAGUGAGAUUUAUAAAACGAAGCUGCCAAAAAAUGAAGUUACCAGAAUCGAAGCGAUCGAAUUCCUGGAUGAACGUGAACUUUUGGUGCAACUACUUGACCACUAUUGUAUAUCAAUUGCCUUCAAGGAUUCAUCGUCGAAAUAUUCACAUCUCAAAGAUGUUUUUUCGUAA